UAAGAAAAAACUUACUUCUCUCUCUCUCUCUCUCUCUCUCUCUCGCUUCUCUCUCCCUUUCCACAUUCAGACACCAACAAAUUCUCUUCUCAAUCCUAUUUCCCCAACGAUAAAAUAGAGUUGGAAAGCUGAUAAAUUUCUUCUGGGGGUUUUAGUGCUCUGCCUCUUCAUUUGGGUUGAUCUUGGUAUUUUUCUCUUGUGCUUGAGAGCUGGUCGAGAUGGCAAAUAGUAAAUAUGAGUAUGUCAAGUCGUAUGAAGUCGACGAUGAGGUUUUUCUGCCCAAUUUCAUUGUUGUUCAAAUCAACGGCCGUGGUUUUAAGAGGUUUUCUCAAGUUCAUGAGUUUGAGAAGCCAAAUGACGAGGUAGCUUUGAAUUUGAUGAACUCAUGCGCUAUUUGUGUGUCAGAGGAGUUUCCUGAUGUUGUGUUUUUGUACGGAUUCAGUGACGAGUACAGCUUUGUUUUCAAGAAGACAUCCAAGUUCUACCAGAGACGUGCCAGCAAAGUAGAGUCCAUUAUUGUAUCUUUCUUCACUUCGGUAUAUGUGAUGAAAUGGAGAGAAUUCUUUCCUCAUAAAGAGUUAAGAUACUCCCCAUCAUUUCAUGCACGGGUUAUAAGCUGUGCUUCAAUAGAAGUCCUUCAAUCAUAUCUUCUAUGGAGACAAACUAAUUGUCAUACACAUAACCUACAUAAGACUUGCCUUUGGGAGCUAAUUAAAUGCGGAAAGACCGAAAGUGAAGCAUUGGAGUUACUAAGGGGCACUACUAAGGAAGAAAAAAAUGAUCUUCUUUUCGGAAAUUUUGAGAUUAACUACCAGAAAUUGAAUCCGAUGUUCCGACAAGGAUCCUGCAUUUUAAAAACUGAGGUGAUUGACAUUGUAAAGCACAGAGAAAAUGGCUCUCCUGUCAGGAGACUUAGAAAAAAGUCUAGCAUAGUCCAUUCAAAGAAUAUAGCUGGAAAAUGUUUUUGGAACAAUCACACUGGUCUUCUGAAGGAGCUCGGUAGCUUUACAAAUGACAUUGGAAAAGUUGAACCGGAUUAUGUUAGGUCCUUCCAGUUUAAAAAAAUACUGAUGCCCUCAACUUGGAUUGUUAUUAGAAUUGAUGGUUGCCAUUUUCACAGGUUUUCAGAUGUUCAUGAAUUUGUGAAGCCGAAUGAUAAGCAAGCCCUCAACCUUAUGAAUGCAUGUGCAGUGGCUGUUGUAAAAGAGUUUCCAGACAUAGUUUUCUCCUAUGGAGUCAGUGAUGAAUACAGCUUUGUUCUGAAGAAGGAUUCUCAUUUCUAUCAAAGGCAAGCAAGUGAGAUAGUAUCCGCCAUUGUGUCAUUAUUCACUUCCAUAUACAUAACGAAAUGGAAAGAUUUCUUCCAUAAAAAAGAGUUAAAGUACCCUCCUUAUUUUGAUGGACGUGCUGUGUGCUAUCCGUCAGUUGAAAUUCUUCGAGACUAUCUAGCCUGGAGACAAGUUGAUUGCCAUAUCAACAAUCAAUACAAUACUUGUUUCUGGGAGCUUGUUAAGUCUGGAAAAAGCAAAAGUGAAGCUCAGAAUUUUCUAAAGGGUACUCAGACUGGAGACAAAGAGAAAUUGCUGAAGCAAUUUGGUAUUGACUACCACAAAUUACCAGCCAUGUUUCGCCAAGGUUCCUCCAUUUUCUGGGACAAGGAAGACAUCACAAUGAUGCAGGAGAAAGAAAAACCUGGUGGAAAUUCUUUGAAAAGAGUUAUUGUAGAACAUUGUAAUAUAAUUGAGCCAAGCUUUUGGGCUGCGCAUCCAACAAUUCUUUAUUGGUAACUCCAUAGAUGCUGUGAAGCACCGAGUUCUUUGUUAUGGAGAAAUUGAAGACCUUGGCAAUACCAAAUUGAAGACCAGUUUUCCAAACCAAAACAAAUCAUCAUGUGGCUUUACUUGAGUCCCGGUAGCUGGCCCUGUUUGUUCCACAAUUUCAAGUGCUAAGGUAGAGACAACAUGCUGGAGCUUUGUUCCAACCAGCAUGACAAGCUUUGUCUCUGUGGAGCCCAGUCUUGACUUACCCUACUCUUGCAGGGCUGGUUCUUGCUCUUCACGUGCUUGCAAAGUUGUGGAAGGGAGUGUGUACCAGUAAGAUUAGAGCUUCCUUGAUGAUGACCAGAUUGAAGUGUGGAUUUGUCUUUGGUUGUGCGGCUUAUCCCUCAUCUGAUGUUGUACUUGAAACCCACAGGGAAGAGGAGCUCACUGGUUAAGUGUGAUCUCUAUAUUUGACCGUGGUUGCUUGUAUUGGCUUAGUUUAUUUCAGGA